AUGAUGAUGCACACCACACAGGAGAAGUUAUUACCGGACCAGGGUGAACGGACACCCAGGUCCCGGCAGUUUGGGGGUCUUGGCCCUGCCCCCGUUUGGUCGUCAUCAUACGAGGGGUCGGCAGGAUCGUGCGACGCAGGCGAUCCUGUCUCUCAUGCUACUGCGGAUGGUAGCGAGGGGAAGUUCUGGAGUCAGGUGCGUCCAGGGGACGACGCGGUGAACGCGAGCCUGGCUUCAGAAGAGAACAGUCGCGGCGUGACUCGGGAAGCGCUUGAUGCUCCUCUCGUGCUAAACACGUCAUCCGACGACGAGGCAGCUCGACUCCAGGCGGCUGCAGACAGGAGGACCCGGUUCCUAAAAUCUCCCACUCUGGCGACAGUAGCUGGGAAAAAAAACAAGGCCGGCAAGAAGAAGAAGAGCGGCAAGGCACCGAUGGCCGCAAAAGGAGGCUCCAGCGCAAUUAUCUCCAUAUCGGACGAUGAUAGCAUGGAGAGCAGGACGAACUCGCCUGGCCCCUCGCGAAGAGAGAGACGACGCAGAGGUGCAAAGCAGCUCAAUACCGCUGCAGAAGAGGCGCCCACCUUCACCUCGAACGCGCGCAAGAGGAAGAUGCCGCGCUUUAGUAACAGCGAGUCGGAGGGACUUCCGUCCGACGCCGAGCGGGAGAUGGACUUUGAGUGGUGCCCAAAGUCAGCCUCCAACAUAGUGGCUGUGAUUCAGAACAAGGCCGAAGAGUUUAAAAAUCAAGUACGCAGGUGUGGUAACCUGAAGGGCGUAUAUCGGCGAGACUUCAACCUCUUCGCUGAAGAAGUGGUAAGCGCCGUAGAGGCGCUGCAUAAAUGCGUAGAGGAGGCGGGGGAUAACUCUCUACAAACGCGCAUGCAUGCAGCGGAGCACGAAGCGGAGCAGGCGCAAGCCAGACUCCGCCACUUGGAGGAGGAACGCAGCCGGCUUUUGGAGGAAGUACGCCAUCUACGUACGGAAGGGAUGGCUGCCGGUCUUUCUCCUCCUCUACCUGGAAGAGCGUCGGUCCAGGAGAUGGCAAUCCAAACGGAUCCUUUUCCUGUAAUCACAUCAAUCACGGCUCUGCCGGCUGGCACGGUCAUUCCCCCGGCGAUUCGACCCAAAGUCCAAGGGACCUCUAAGGUCAUAGACGGACCAAGGGUCGUAGAGAAGAAGAGCAACGUGGACUUGCACGCCACCGUCAAGUCCAUUGUUGCCGAAGAAAUAAAGGAGGUAAAAUCCCUUCUAGGCAGAAUCCUCCGAGGCGCGUCGGAGACUGGGAGAGGUAGGAAGGAGGAAAAGGGGAACGCUGGAGCACAACCAACACCACCGAUGGCUGGGCCAUUGGGGGGCAAUCCAGCCCCUUGGGUGGCUUUACCCCAGCGCGAGCAAGGAAGGGGACGAGGAGCAAGAACCACGCCGGCUCCGACGGGCAACCCGCCGGGAGGUGCUCCCACCUCUCAGCCGGACGCGGCUCCCUCUACCUCUAAGGAAAAGGGAGAGGAACGGGCGGUAGUCACGCGUCGCCGCGUUAAGGCGCAGCAGAAGGAAGGACCGGCGCGCAAAAAAGAAGCGGUUAGCUCUGCCAGACGAACCUCAGUCAGGGAUGGGGCUAAAGAAAGGGAUCCUCGAACCUCAACUUCGAGACUCCCCCUGCGCCUGCGGUCGCAGGGAAGACAGCCACCGCAAGGGCCGGGCCCCCGUCGUCGGCGACGAGGUCGUCCGGCGGCGGUGGCCAUCCGGUGUGUUGCGGCAGAAGGAGAAGGCGAGCAAGCAACGUAUGCCAGCGUCAUGCGGCUUGCCAAAGAAGGAGUGUCCCUCCCCACGCUGGGGAUUGAGGACACACGCAUCAGGCGCGACGUCGGGGGAGGUAUCCUCGUGGAAAUCCCCGGUGCCGACGGUGCAACCAAAGCGGAUGCCUUGGCCGAGGCGCUGGCCCCAAUCCUCCAAGGGAAGGCCAGCGUUACCAGGCCUGUUCGACGAGGUGAGAUCCGAAUCGUCGGCCUUGACAUGUCUGUUUCGCCAGCGGACAUAGAGGAUCGCAUCUCGUCUGGAGACUUCGGCCCGUGUAGACGGUUCGAAGUAACCGUGGGGCCAAUCACCCAGGGGCGUGACCGCCUGGGUAUGACAUGGGCUUGCUGCCCAUUUGAGGUAGCCGCAAAGCUGGCCAACUCGGGCCGCCUAAAAGUAGGCUGGUCCAGUGCGCGGGUGGCACUCCUGCCGGGCCGAAAGCUUCAAUGCUUUAAGUGCCUGGAGUUCGGCCAUGUCCGGCAGGCGUGCCGCAACGAGGUGGACCGCACCGGCAUGUGUUACCGAUGCGGAAAAGACGGGCACUUAGCCCGCAACUGCAAGGACGUAGCCCGUUGCGUCUUGUGUGCGGAUCGCAGUCUGCCCUCGGGGCAUAGAAUCGGCGGAGACUCCUGCUCGUCGCAGGACCGAGGCAGGAACGCUCCACCGAAAGGAAGUUCCGGUACCGAGCGGAGGACGGUGCCCCAUGGGGAUGAGCCCAUGGAGACAGAAAAUGGACCGGGUCCUUCAAAUUAA